AUGGCCCUUGUGACUCCUACUAACAUUUUGAUUCGGGGCUCUCGUGUUCAUGUUCAACACGAAAUUCAGUUAGGAGUUCAUGCAGCCGGUGACAUCUGCUUCAUGUCCUAUGACUUUCCGUUCCACCUGUUCGAUAAACUUUUUUCCGGUUUUGUCUCAUGGCUAUCACGUGACUUGAACUGCUCACAGGUCCCAUUUUCAGACCAACAAAACUGGGGUCAGUUGCCAAAGGAGCCCAGUGCAGAAUUAGACAAACCGAAAAUUGUUCUCACAGCAGACAGCGGUCAGCACAAACUGCUGAUCAGUACCAAUACAAGUGUAGCAGCUCCACACGGUCAGACUUUAUCCACCGGAAGUUGGAUCAAUAACGAGAACCGAAUGAGCCUAUCACUUCCACCAGCAUUUCGAGCUUUGGAUGUGGAAAAUUGUGGGUGA